AUGGAGGAAGACGGUGCCAUGAAAGCCCCUGCCAUGCAUCUUGAAGAUGCCACCUCUCGAGAAACCACGGUCGAUCCGGCAGAGAUGACACUAUGGAAGAACCUUCGCAAGAAUCCAAAGGUAGCGGCCUAUUGCUUUGGUUUGACAUCGGUGAUAUUGCUGUGGGGUUAUGACUUGGCCAUGACAAGUAAUUUGUCUUCGCUUCCAGAGUUCCAAAAGGUCUAUGGCGUCUACAGGGAAUCAGAUGACAAGUGGAUCAUCGAAUCACGAUGGUUGGGAGCCUGGAAUGCAGGAAGUCCGAUCGGCAUCAUGCUCGGUUCACUCGCGGGCGGAGCGCUUCAAGAUCGUUGGGGUCGCCGCUUCUCCUUGGGAUUUGGAAGCCUUUCGUCUGUCCUCGGUGUGGCUGUUGUCUGGUGCUCGCAAUAUGCUGGUGGGGGUCGUCAUGGCAUAUACAUGCUGGGCAAGAUCUGUCAAGGUUUCACCAUUGGUAUCGCGGUUUGCACAGCGCAGACGUACAUGUCAGAGGUCCUCCCACCAGCCAUUCGAGCCCCUGUGGUGGCCUUCUUUCCCGUAUUCCAACUCAUUGGCCAAUUAAUCUCCGCGGCCAUUGCACUCACCGCAGAAGAUAUUGAAGGACCGGACUCCUAUCGCAUUUGCAUCAUUUCCGAAUGGCCAUUUUCAGCAUUGCCACUCAUUCUUUCCCUAAUCAUUCCGGAAAGCCCAAUCUAUCUCGUCCGCAAGGGUCGCCUGGAAGAUGCUCGUAAGCAGCAAAAGCGUCUCGACAAGGCUGGGGUUGACUCCAACGCAAAGAUCGAACGCAUUCAGGCCUUGAUUUUGCAUGAACAAGAAGCGGCGCAGUCGGACGACUCCCGAUAUAUGGAUUGUUGGAAAGGAACGGAUCGCCGUCGGACUGUCAUUGUCCUAUUUGCAGCUAUUCUGCCCCAGCUUUUCGGCCUCCCAGUUCUCGGGGACGGGUCAUACUUUCUGCAAAUCGCCGGCAUGAAAGCGAGAAACAGCCUCAUCUUCCUCAUCUCUGGAGUUCUUGGCGGAUUGAUAGCAAACUUGAUCAGCAUGUGGCUUAUGACCCGGACUGGGAGGCGUAGGCUCAUGAUUGCAACACUGGCCCCACUUGUUGCUCUUUGGCUUGUUCUGGGUGUCGUAGGAUGCUUCGAAUCAGACACUUCUCCAUGGGUUGCCGGUGUCGACUUGAACGUGAUAACUUUCGUAGCUGGUCUGGGAGUUUGGCCAGCGUCCUACGUUGUUGGUGGUGAGAUUUCAUCCCUUCGCCUCCGUGCGAAAAGUCAAGGCCUUGGCUGGGCAUUCGGGGGUAUUGGAAACUUUGUCUUCAGCACUGUUGUUCCAUUUAUCUACAACUCAGAUGCUGGUAAUCUUCGUUCCAAGAUUGGCUUUGUCUGGUUGGGAAUUUGUGCCCUGACAUUUGUGGCGGUUUGGUUCCUCAUUCCGGAGACCUAUGCACGCACUCCUUACCAACUUGAUCUGAUGUUCGAACAGAAACUUCCAACAAGGAAGUUCCGCCACUGGGUGCCAGAAGCCAACAACGAUAUCGAUCGUAUUGAGGUUCGGGACGAGAAAGCAUGA